AUGGCUCCAGAACUCCCAGGUUUCUACUACGACGAGGUGAAGAGGAAGUAUUUCAAGAUCCAAGCCAAUCACCAAGCAUCACAACAAGCAAAGUACACACAAGAUGACGUGAAACGUCGCAAGCUUGAUACUGCCGAAUCACAAAGGGCUGCCGCUAUGAAUGACCGCCAGACGAAGGAACGUGUCAGACGGUCUCGUCUACUAACUAGUUCCUCAAAUCGUCUCCUCGAAGAGCUCGGAUCUCUCAGCUUAUCACACGAUGACAUGUUGAGCCGCCGGGGCAUUCAAUGCGCCAUCGCGAACUUUUCAAAAGGGUCUCAUGUUUCCGUAUGUUACCCAGUCGAGGACGAGCACUCGAGGUGGCAGUAUUCACCCGAAUCGCAAGUGUAUUACUGGCAAACUCCCUCCCUGGACCCAUGUUGUUCAUCUAUCAGCCCCACCGGACAUGUCCUGGCCGGUCUCUUCGAUCAUCAGGGCUCCGAGCUCCGCAUUUUUCAAAUCCCACCGCCAGAUGAUGGAGGCAAAUACCUGCGUCCAGAGUGUCCGACUGUUCAUCUCUUGAGCAUAGGAAACAAUCUCCCCCGUGUUGCCACCCCUCUCUCAACAGGGACUAUUCCCAUAUUCGCCAUCGGCCUUCAGUCGGGUCUCAAUCUUCUCACUCCCUCGCCCGACGGUUGGACCGAUCUCAGACCAUUAGGGACUUCCCCAACUCGGACCAACCGCUCGGCCCGCCGUAACAAAUCCGAGUCCACGUCGGAUACCGAUGUGUGGGCAGCCGAGUUCUUGACUCCCAACACCAUCGCCGCUGGCGGCAAAGGAAAGUCCGUGUUCGUGGCCGAUUCUAGAACCAGCGCCGACGGCGCCGUCGCCUGCAAGUACGGGGCACUGGUCACCGAUAUCAAAGCCAUCGAUGAACAUAGGAUCGUCGUCGGCGGGACAGGUCGCUCCCGAGGCCCAAAUCGCGCCGAUGUGGAACAUGUGGUCACGUAUGACCUCCGCUACAAGAAGGAGUCAAACGGAAAAACUGUGCCAUACAGGCAGUAUCCCGGGCUUAAUUUUGCUCCGCCGUGGCCCAGGUUUGAUGUUUGCCCGGAGCUGGGGCUGUUGGCAACUGUCAACCGCGCCAAGAGGCCUUGUUUCAUGUCCCUGACGACUGGUCAGAUCGUGGAGACCCCAGCUGGGGAGUCUGAUCAAACUGGCAAAGUUAAAUUUGACCGGGGUCACGAUGACCCCCAAUGGCGAGGCCCACGGUCACACAGUCUCUUGGUUAGCACCCAGGGGGCUAUACAUGAGUGGUCAUAG